AUGGCCAGCACCAUCUCGAGGCAAAGCCAAGCUCGUUACGUUUCUCAUAUCGCUUUCGUUUUCAGAUUAUCAUACUCAACCAGAACUCCCUCUGCUUACAUUUAUUAUCUCAGAAAAGGCAAAAAAUGGCCGACACUCAAUCCAUACAGAACCAAAUUACACCAACAGUUUGACUGCGAAGAAGCCCUCCAAGCCCUCAAACUCUUGUCUAAAUCCACCUCUAAUAAUCUCCUCCCCUCCCUCAUUGAAUCCUUCGCUACCUACGCCUGCACCCCAACUCCAGAAGCCUAUCAAUUCGUAUUCAGAAAGCUAACCAGCUCCGCCAAAUGGAUCCAAGCUUCCGAAGUUCUCAAUCAUAUAGAAAAAUUCGAGAAAUUCAAUACACCCGAAGAAAUCCUCAUAGAUUUCAUCCAAAUCUACGGUCACGCAAACAUGAUCGGAGACGCCAUAGACAUCUUCUUCAGAAUACCCAAAUUCAGAUGCAAUCCAACCGUCAAUUCUCUCAAUUCACUGCUCAACAUUCUUUGCUGGAACCGCGAGGGCAUUCAAAUUGCGCCGCGCAUUCUUCUCAAGAGCGAGUCAAUGCAAAUCCGUGCUGAUGAAUCGACUUUCAAAAUAUUAGUAAAAGCACUCUGCAGAAUCGGGAAGGUGGAUUACGCAGUAAAGCUAUUGAACAAUGUGGUUGAAGGUGGGUACAAUCUUGAUGGUGAAUUAUGUUCUUUGAUUCUAUCGUCAAUUGUUGAGAAUAGAUGCCCGAGUGUGGUUGACAUAUUAGGGUUCUUGAAAGAAAUGAAGAAAUUAGGGUUUUGUCCUGGAAGAGUGGAUUGGUGUAAUGUGAUUAGGGUUUUGGUAUGUAGAGAAGGGAAAGGAAUUGAAGCUUUUAAUUGUCUGGAGGAGAUGAAGAGUGAUGGAGUUAAGCCUGAUGUUAACUGUUACUGUUUAGUUAUGAAAGGACUUGUUGAAAAAAGGGAGUUUAAGUUGGUAGAUAAGGUGUUCGAUGAAUUGCUUGUAAUAGGUUUGGUUCCUGAUAUUGAGUGUUAUAAUGUGUAUAUUAAUGGGCUGUGUAAACAGAAGAAGUUUGAUGAGGGGAUGAAGAUGGUUGCUAGUAUUGAAGGGUUAGGAUGUAAGGCUGAUACGACGACGUAUAAUAUGUUGCUCGAGAGUUUGUGCGAAGGCGGGGAAUUGGAUAAAGGAAGGGAGAUUGUUAAAGAGAUGAGAUUAAAAGGGGUGCAAAUUAAUUCACAGAUGUAUCAGUUUAUGAUUGAUGAUCAUUGA